CUCCCCUACAAAUGCAACGUUAGCGGGAUUUUCAGGUGUCAUUCGCGGCUUCUCCUGCUUGUGAGAGAGAAGUGUGUGUUAAUUUGCGACCGUGGAGAAAUUUUACUUGUUUUCUCAAAACACAAGUAACGUCACAUUUAGCCAGGAUGUAUGUUGUCAAGAGAGAUGGACGCCAGGAGCGUGUUAUGUUUGAUAAAAUCACCUCUCGCAUCCAGAAGCUCUGCUACGGACUGAACCCCGACUUUGUAGAUCCAGCUCAGAUCACAAUGAAGGUAAUUGCGGGGUUGUAUAGCGGCGUCACCACAGUGGAGCUUGACACACUUGCAGCUGAGAUCUCUGCAACUCUCACAACUAAAUACCCCGACUACACCAUUCUCGCUGCUCGAAUCGCUGUCUCAAACCUGCACAAAGAGACAAAGAAAGUGUUCAGCGACGUGAUGGAGGACCUGUACAACUAUGUGAAUCCUCUGAACAAACUCCACUCCCCCAUGAUCUCAAAAGAGACGCUUGACAUUGUUCUGGAUAACAAAGAUCGCCUAAACUCGGCCAUAAUUUACGACAGAGAUUUCUCUUACAACUUCUUCGGCUUCAAGACCCUGGAGCGCUCCUAUCUGCUAAAGAUCAAUGGCAAAGUGGCCGAGCGCCCGCAGCAUAUGCUUAUGAGAGUGUCUGUUGGGAUCCAUGGAAGAGACAUAGAUGCAGCCAUUGAGACAUACAACUUGCUGUCAGAGAAGUGGUUCACCCACGCUUCUCCCACCCUCUUCAACGCUGGAACCAACCGGCCACAGUUGUCCAGCUGUUUCCUCCUCGCCAUGAAAGAUGACAGCAUCGAAGGCAUUUAUGACACCCUGAAGCAAUGCGCCCUCAUCUCCAAAUCUGCUGGAGGCAUCGGCGUGGCUGUCAGCUGCAUCAGAUCAACGGGAAGCUACAUCGCGGGUACCAACGGCAACUCCAACGGGCUUGUUCCCAUGCUGAGAGUCUACAACAACACUGCACGCUACGUCGAUCAGGGUGGUAACAAGAGACCUGGAGCCUUCGCCAUGUACCUGGAGCCCUGGCACUUUGAUGUGUUUGAUUUCCUGGAGCUGAAGAAGAACACAGGAAAAGAAGAACAGAGAGCCAGAGAUCUUUUCUAUGCUCUGUGGAUCCCAGAUCUGUUCAUGAAGAGGGUGGAGAGCAACCAAGACUGGUCUCUGAUGUGUCCAAACGAGUGUCCUGGCCUAGAUGAGUGCUGGGGGACAGAGUUUGAAGAGCUCUACACUAAGUAUGAGAAGGAAGGGAGGGUGAAGCGCGUGGUGAAGGCUCAGCAGCUGUGGUAUGCCAUCAUUGAGUCCCAGACAGAAACGGGUACACCAUACAUGCUGUACAAAGAUGCUUGCAACAGGAAGAGCAACCAGCAGAAUCUGGGCACCAUUAAAUGCAGCAACCUCUGCACGGAAAUUGUCGAGUACACCAGCCAAGAUGAGGUGGCUGUUUGUAAUCUGGCCUCCAUCGCUCUCAACAUGUACGUCACCCCUGAGCGGACCUUUGACUUUAAAAAACUAGCAUCCGUGACCCGAGUAAUUGUCAAAAACCUAAACAAAAUAAUCGACAUCAAUUAUUACCCUGUCCCUGAAGCAGAGAGGUCCAACAAGCGGCACAGGCCAAUAGGAAUCGGCGUCCAGGGAUUAGCCGAUGCCUUCAUCCUGAUGCGUUAUCCGUUUGAAAGCCCUGAAGCUCAGCUGCUCAACACCCAGAUCUUUGAGACCAUCUACUAUGCUGCUCUGGAGGCGAGUUGUGAGCUGGCCGCCAAGCUUGGCCCCUACGAGACGUACAAAGGCUCCCCCGUCAGCAAGGGCAUCCUCCAGUAUGACAUGUGGGACAAGACGCCAACAGAUCUGUGGGACUGGAAGCUGCUAAAGGAGAAGAUCACCAAAAAUGGUGUGAGGAACAGCCUCCUGCUCGCCCCCAUGCCAACAGCCUCCACUGCACAGAUCCUGGGCAACAACGAGUCUAUCGAAGCCUACACCAGCAACAUCUACACCCGCAGGGUCCUCUCUGGGGAGUUCCAGAUCGUUAACCCUCACCUGCUCAAAGACCUGACGGAGAGGGGGCUUUGGAACGAAGAGAUGAAGAACAAGCUGAUCGCCAAUAAUGGAUCCAUUCAGAACAUUGACGAAGUUCCAAAUGAUUUGAAGGAGCUUUAUAAAACAGUUUGGGAAAUCUCUCAGAAGACCAUACUGAAGAUGGCCGCUGACCGGGGCGCCUUCAUCGACCAGAGCCAAUCCCUGAACAUCCACAUCGCAGAGCCAAACUACGGCAAACUAACCAGCAUGCACUUCUACGGCUGGAAACAAGGUUUAAAGACGGGAAUGUACUACCUGAGGACGAAGCCUGCUGCCAACCCCAUCCAGUUCACACUGAACAAGGAAAAGCUGAAAGAGGCGCAGACUAACAAGGAGUCAGACGAGAUCAAGGAGAGGAACACGGCAGCUAUGGUGUGUUCUCUGGAGAACAAAGAUGAGUGUCUCAUGUGUGGAUCUUAGACAUGUCCUCUGCUCUUACCUGCUGUGGAAACAGGCCUGUUGUUCAAAAUGUUCCCCAACAGUUCAUACUAGACCUUUUUUACUGCGCUUGUCACAAUGUAUAGAAUUAAUUUUAUUAAUGUCAACACACUUAUGUCAAUAAAAAAUGUCUCAAACGUAAAACAGAAAUGUAUUUUAUGUUUGAAGUUAAAGAACUUAAAAAAAUAAAGGUUUAC